CUGCUAACACAUGGGUUAUGUUCCAUAAAACAGCGUAUAAAUGCCACCAAAAAGAAAGGGACCUUUGCAACUUGUCCAGAGGGAAGUGGACGAGAUCAAAAAACAGGUUGACAGCCUAGCAAAAGAUGUGCAGAGUCAGAAUGGAUCCACUGAAGAGGCGUUUCGGAGGUGUCAAGAAGUGCAGAUGUCCGCAGAGAAGACACUAAAGGCACUGAAAAAACUUACAAAGGCUGAUGAAAUGGCUCCAGUGGGGAACUAUGAUCAGAGGAAGCAGGAAGAGGAGAGACGACUGCAGAACAUCUUGGAGCGUGUAAACUUGCUCUCUCUGGAGCUUUCACCACCAGGGCCCAGUGCUGCUGCAGGCGAUGUUUCAAAGGAAGAUAGUGAGGAUGAUGAUGACGAUGAUGAUGACGACGAUGAAGACACUAAUGACGAUGAUGGUGACAGUGAUGAAGAUGCGAAGCAAGCCUUGAAACCGCCCUCUCAGUCAGGCCCUCGCAUCUACACAGUCCUCAGUGAUUUCAAAGGCGAACAGGAGGGAGAUCUGUCUGUCCAGAGGGGGGAGGUAUUGAGGAUUAUCAGGAUGACAGCAGAUGGAUGGUGGCUGGCUCAGGACAGUAAAGGCAACAGAGGAGUGGUUCCGAAGACCUACCUGAAGGCUGGCUCUGGUGUCGAUGAUGAAGAUGAUGAUGAGGACGAUGAAAAUGAGGAGGAGGAGUCAGAGGAGGCGGAAGAAGAGCAAGAUGGGGAAGAGCUGACUGAUGACAGAGAGAAACAGAGCGGUACUUCACACUCCAACUGGAGUACUGUCAGAAAGGCUCUGACUGAGAUUGAUGCAACAGAUGUGCUCUCCACCAUGGGGGCUAUACCUUCAGGAUUCAGACCAUCGACUCUAAAUAAACUGCUGGUGGAGGAAGGUGUAACGUACAGAGGAAGUCACUACAUUCAGCCUGAGCUCAGCCAAUCACAGCUGUCCUUCAGUGACCUCUUUCUCGACCCAGACACUGGCAGGGUUCGUGCUCGGCAGGUCAGGACUUGUGUUUGUUUCACGUUGUGGGGCUGCAGGAUGAUUCCUACCCCUGGGGUCGGCGUUCAGGUCCUCAGCAGACACAUCCGCCUCUGUGCCUUUGAUGGAACUCAGGUGUUGAGUAACAUUCACACAGUGAGGGCAACCUAUAACUCCAAGAGCCCAAAGACCUGGAGCUUCUCUCCGAGGAUGGCAGGUAUCCUACCCGCCCUUCUAGAUGGCGACUGUUUCCUCCGCUGCAACUCUGCAUCUCCAGACCUCGGUAUCCUCUUUGAACUGGGAGUCACCUUUAUACGGAAUUCCACAGGUGAGAGAGGGGACCUGAGCUGCGGCUGGGCGUUCCUCAAACUGACCGACGACACUGGAAAUCCACUUGCCACCAGGACCUAUGAGCUGCCAGUGAACGGUGGCACUCCCUAUGAGAAGGAUGUUGCGGUGGAGGCAUCAGUCACUAGAGGAUCUCCAGCUGGUGUUUUCCAGCACAUCCUUCAGGCCAGGCGGCAGCCAAAACUCAUUGUCAAGCUGAAAUCCACCAACAGCCGGACCAGAACCCAGCUCAGUCUCCUUCCAGACACUCUGCUGCACUGUCUGAGCUGUGUCCACCUGCUGGCCCUGCACAGGCAGCUGCUAGCUGACGCACUGCUGAUGGACAGGCCUACCAUGCAGAAUGCAGAGCUGAUAUGUAGUCCUGUACUGUCUACCUUCCCUGUGCUGUUGGACCAACAAGACCUGCUGGACGCUCUUAGGAGUGCCUGGCUUGAUGCUGAGACGAGUAUGAGCAGAGCACAGAAGAGAGACCUGUCCUAUUUAAAACAGGAGUUUGUUAAAGUCUACAUGUCGUCAGUCUAUUUCCUUCUCCACUCGCCUUCGCUGCCCCGUCAUCGAUGGGCUGACCCGCCCUCAGAGGAGCAGCGAGCCAGAGUCAUCUACGCCACCCUGGAUGCUCUGAAACAAACCCAGCGCACCACCGACCAAUCUGGAGGCCUGGAGGUCUUUGUCAGCCCCGUGCAUCAGCAUCUUGCCUUUGAUAUUUCAGAGUUGACCUUUGACCUCCUUCAUGUGGCACGGUAACAGUAACUUCAACUCACUCACAGGGAAAGUACAAUUUGAAGUUUAUUAUCUUUUUUAAUGCAAAAAUGUAAAGAAGU